CCUCCCGCAGAGCACGAUGGGAAAUGGUCCGCGCCUUCCCUCGCUCUGGGUGGGCGGGUGUAGCUGCGGGUCCGAGAAGUGACUGGCGGGGAAAGAGGGAGAUUCGGUGGAAGCCGCUGCGCGAGGCACGGCGGGAAGAGAGGCGGGAGGCCGCGCGGGGCAUUACGGGAGCAAGGGCCGGGCCUGGCCUCGGCGCGGAGCAUUGUGGGAGGUGGACGCCGCUCCGGGGCGGGCGCCCCAGGAUGGAGACCCCACCCAGCACGGCGGGGCAGGAGGAACAGGAGCUGCGGGAGCGUGCCUUCUUCUCAUGGGCCGAGUUCAGCCGCUUCUUCGAUGCGUGGUGCCAGCAGCGGCUGGCGCUUUUCUUCGUCAAGAGCUCCAUGCACCUGGCGCGCUGCCGCUGGGCCAGCGCGCCCCCGCUCUACACGCUCAUCGACGUGCUCAAGUACAGCUACGUGCGGCUCGUGUGCAAGGACGUGCGCGCUCCCAGCCGGCCCACCGUGGGGCCCCCCCAGCCCGGCUGCCCGGCCUUCAUCAUCGUCAAGCUGAGCCCGCUGCGGGACCGCCUCGUGGUGACGGAGUGCCAGCUGACCCACUCGCACCCGGCCUGCCCGCUGGAGUUCGCCUACUACUUCCGCCCGGGCCACCUGCUGGCCAACGCCUGCCUGCCGGUGCGUACCACCAACAAGAUCUCCAAGCAGUUCGUGGCGCCGGCCGACGUGCACCGCCUGCUCUCCUACUGCAAGGGCCGCGACCACGGCGUCCUGGACGCCCUGCACGUGCUCGAGGGGCUCUUCCGCACCGACCCCGAGGCCAAGGUGAAGCUGGUGUUCGUGGAGGACCAGGCGGUGGUGGAGACGGUGUUCUUCCUGACGUCGCGCACGCGGGCGCUGCUGCGGCGCUUCCCUCGCAUGCUCCUGGUGGACCGGCUGCCGGGGCUGCAGGGCGCGCUGGACCUGCUGGCCGUGCUGUGCGUGGACGGCGCGGGCCGCGCGCCGUGCGCCCUGGUGCGCGGCCACCGCCGGCGCUUGCUGCGCCGCCUGAGCCCCUCGCGCAGUGUGGCGCAGUGCCUCCGCGACCUGGUGGCCAUGCAGUGGGCCGACGCGGCCGGGGAGGCGGCGCCCGAGGGCCCGGACGGUGGGGGGCCGUGGCCGGAGGGCGAGCCAGGGAGGAGGGCCCACGUGGAGGAGAGGAUGAAGGGCCUGGAGAGCGGGGACUGGGGAGGGGCCCCAAAAGAAGGAUGUAUUUGGAGAGGGGCCCAGUUGGAGAAGGAGUGGCCCCGAGGUUUGGAGGCCAGAGACCGGGGAGGCGCUCAGUUAGAAAGCGAGAUGGGGAGAGGGUUUCAGGUCCAAGACUGGAGACAGGCCCAGUUGGAGAACCAGAAAGUGAGAGGGAUAGAAGGCAGUGGCUGGAGAGGAUCCCAGUUGGAGAACGAGCAUUGGCGAGGACCAGAAAUCAGAGACUGGAGGGGGUCCCUGUUGGAGUGUGAGAAAGAUUGGGAACCGGAAGGUUAUGUCCGGAGAGGUGUCCAGUUGGAGGACCACGGGCUAAGGGGAUUGAAAGGGUAUACCUGGACGACGGCCCGGCUGGAGGAUCAAAGGGUUAGGAUGCUGGAGACCACAGACCGGAGGGGGACCCAGUUUGAUUCUGAGAGGGCCAGGAGUCUUGAAGGGAGCCCCUGGAGGGGGGCCCAGAUGCAUGAUGAGAGGGCGCGUGGACUGAAAACCAGAGAGUGGAAGGGGCCUCAGUUGGAAGCCGACAAGGGAAGGGGGCUGGAGGUCAGGAACUGGAGGGGGUUCCAUUUGAAGAAGCCCAGGGAGUUGGUCCCCGAGAAUGGAGACCAAAGGGGACCCCAGUGGGGAGAUGAGAGGCAGAGAGGGCCAGAGAUUGGAGAAGAGAGAGGAGUGAGUUUGGGGGUCAAGAGAAGAAGGGACCUGGAGGAUGUGGUUCUGGUCCAGCUGGGGGACACAAGGAUGACAGGGCUGGAGAAUGGAGAGGGAGCCCCAUCCGUGGGCCCCAAGAGCAGAGGAGGACAAGGGAUGGAGUGUGGGGGCACAGGAGGGAGGGGUCUAGGGCUGGGGAAUGGGGUCAUGUGCGGCACCCCCAUGGGGACUGUGUUUGAGGGCGAUCCAGAAUGGGCAGGGACAAGGAGAGUGUACCUGACCACUGGGGAGAGCCUGCAGGAAGGAGGUGAAGAAGAAGGCCCAAGGGAGCCCAAGAGGCCUUGCUGCGCCUCGGCUGAGGAAGAGGUGGACUGGGAGCCCCUGGCUAAGUUCCGAGCAGCCUGCGGGCCAGAGCUGGCAGAAUUGGUGGCGGAAGAGCUGGCCUUUGCCAGGCAGCACGGUACCCGGGGUUUCCACUGGACUGGCGCGGGGUUUGCCCUUAAGGAUGGCACCUCGGACUUCUUCCUGGACAGGGCUCUGACCCGCUGCAGCUGCUCCAUCCAUGCCGCCCGGCGGCUGCCCUGCCGCCACCUCUUCGCAGCGCGCCUCCUCACCGGGGCAGCCUUAUUCCACAUGGACCUGCUCAGGGAUUGCUGGGGGAGAGCCCCAGAGCCCUGACCCUUCAGGCCCCUGCUUACCACCCUCCGCUGCGAGGGUAGGAGAGCAUUCUUCGAUCCCAAAGAUAACAGGGCUGAGGCCACGGAGGCCACCCCAGUCCCUCUAGCCACCUCCUCUGUCAUCCAGAGACCUCACCUUGGCUGUUUGCCCCUCGAGGUCCUGGAGCCACAGUGUGGAAGACAGUGGUGGCCAGGAUGGCUUCUGAGGGCUUCGCUCAGGAGAGGAAAUGUGUGAUGAGAUGGGGGCAGAGUCAGACGGGGGCAGAAGGAAGGAGGGGACAAAGCUGGGGGAGGGGAGGACACCAGGACAUAGGGAGAGCCCAGGCAGGAGCAGAUGGUCACUCCAGAGAGUGCAGGGGUGAAGGAGAAAAGGGGGACUGUAGGAGGACAAGUGGGGGGUGGGGGAGGAGAGAAACUAGCAGGGAGACAAGCAGAGGAGAGGGGACAAGAGGAGAGGCAGAAAUGGGAAAAAGCAGAGGGAGACAGGGGAGAAGGAGGCCAGGGUGGAGGACACAGAAAAAAAAACAAAAGGACACAUGGGAAGAAAAGGUAUGGGAGAUGGGGAGAGAAGAAAGAAGGGAGUGAUUUGAGAGUCUCCAAAGCCUGGAGUCUUGGAUCCCCUUGACCUUCUGGUUGGUCAUUCCCAGAAUAGAUUGAUAAGAGGAAGGUCUGGUGGGAUGGCUAGAGGCUCUCCGGUAGGAGAGGGGAUCAGUCUGGACUAUUGUGCUUCAAGAUUGGAAUAAAACAGUAUUAUUUUGGUUUCUGCACUGAGUUCCUGGCUUCUUGGGGAAAGGGGGAGACCUAGACCUGGAGAGAACUUGAGGUGCUCCAACAUUCCUUCUCCCAUUCUAUCAACAAGACCUCCUGGGGCCAGAUGGAAUGGAGGGGCCAAAAAUGAAUUCAACCCUCCCCAACAGCUCAGCCCUCUUCCUCCCUCAUCUGGACCAGUACACCAGGGUGGCGUUUGCCAACAUUGAUGGAUUUUGGAAAAUGGUGCCAAUGAAUGGUUUAAGAAUGGGCAUGUGGGGGCGCCUGGGUG